AUGACCCGGAAAAUGUGGGGCUUAAUUCCUGUGUUGGACUGCUCACAGCUGCUGAAGCUCUGUCCUUCGCAGUGCAAACCUUCCGUCUGCCCCAUCACGACCCCCGCGGCCCGGGCGGACCCUCCUCAGAGCACCAUGUCAGACCAGGCUUUUGUGACGCUGGCCACAAAUGACAACUACGCCAAGGGAGCGAUGGUUCUCGGCCAAUCGUUACGAAACCACAACACAACCAGGAAGCUGGUUGCGCUCAUAGGGCCUCAUGUUACAGAACUGUGCAGAGAUGCACUGCGCUCCAUUUUUGACGAAGUGUGUGUGGUGGACGUUAUGGACUCGGGCGAUGCAGCUCAUCUAUCCCUCAUGAAGCGUCCGGACCUGGGAGUGACGUUCACCAAACUGCACUGCUGGACUCUCACACACUACAGCAAGUGUGUGUUCAUGGACGCAGACACUUUGGUGCUGUCAAAUAUAGAUGAACUCUUUGAAAGAGAGGAACUGUCUGCAGCGCCAGAUCCUGGUUGGCCGGACUGCUUCAACUCCGGGGUGUUUGUCUUCACACCGUCCAAUGAAACGCACGAGAAGCUGCUCGCCUUCUGCAGCGAAAACGGCAGCUUCGACGGUGGAGAUCAGGGUGUUCUCAACAGCUUCUUCAACACCUGGGCGACAGCAGAUAUUUCCAAACACCUUCCCUUCAUCUACAACCUCAGCAGUAUAGCCAUCUACUCCUACCUGCCAGCUUUUAAACAUUACGGCCAUGAUGCCAAGGUGGUGCACUUCCUGGGCAAGGUGAAGCCAUGGAACCACUCCUACGACGCUCAGAAGGGCGAGGUCAAAGGUCAUUCCCUGUCCCCUGACCUGUGCCAGCUGCACCCCGACUACCUGCUCAUGUGGUGGCAGCUGUACGCCAAAUCCGUGCUGCCUGUACUGCAGCAGGUCUACGGGGACACUCCGUUCAGCAGCGGCUUCGUAGAGGCGAACGAGGAUUGUAAGCCUCAGGAGGAUGUGAGAGAGCAGCCGGCUCCUUGUGCUCCUCCUCCCCAGAAGGUGUCAUCAGAGGAGCGGAAGCAGCGCUGGGAAGCGGGCCAGAUCGACUACAUGGGUGACGACUCCUUCGCCAACAUCGAGCGAAAGCUUGACUCCUUCUUAAAGUAGCGGGCAGGCGGGGGGGAGUGACAGACGGAGGGAGCACCAGCUGAAGCUCUGUGUGGGUGAGGACCGAAGCACUGCUCAGCCAAUUGCAGGGGCUUGAUUAGCAGGUGACUGGAUGACUGCCUCUGUGUAACGUUCAGCCUCACUCUCUGCAUCCUGUCAGUGUGUGUUUGAAUGACAGAGAGUAUAAGUUUAACACAAUUCCCAUGUACUUUUACUGUUCUUUUUUUAACUCCCAAAGGACAAGUUUGACAUUUAUAGGAAAUGUGCUCAUUUUCUUUCUAGCAGAGUUGGGUGAGAAGAUACCGCUCACAUGUUGGUAGGGUUAAUAUGAAGCUAUCGCCAGCAGCUGGCUAAUUUAGCUUAGCAUGAACACUGGAAACUGCAUAAAUGCUGGACAUAAAAGUGUUAACUAGUUAGCUGCUUGCUGACACUGUCCAAAGGUAUUAAAAUCUGCCUACCAGCAACUUGAAUCUCGUAUGAAAAUGAAAACAUCAAGACAGAGUUUUAUGAGGGAGUUCAAGGGCCUCAUUACAUGACAAUUUCUCUGUGAGACCAGUAGCUAAUUUCCUGUAGUCUGAAGGUUGCCUAGCAACUAGUCUUGGCCACCAGGAAGUUCAUAAUGGCCUAAGUUUUAUUAAUUUUAAAAGCAUGACCUGCCCUACUCUGAUUGGCUUACCCUAAUAUUCUUACCUGAACCAAUCUCAUUAAUCAUGCCUAAACAUAACCAACUCACCCAACACAGGCAAUAAGCACUAACCAAUCAGCGGCAAAGCAGGCAGGUCAAGACUUUUGUGUGAGAACAACCCGAAAAACAUCAAAUUUUACAGUAUUUACACAAGUGGUAUAAUCUUUUCAUCCAGCUCUCAGGAAGAAAGCGAAUAGGCAUAACGUUACUUCCCAAAAUCUCAGACUAUUCCUUAAAGUUUUCUUGUGCACCUGAUGGAAAUGUAUUCAGUCUUCCUAACCUGUGGAAAAUUUAAGCAACAACAGAAACUGAGGAAAAUGGCCGUGGGCAAAGCCUGUAGCUGAAGGGCAGUCAGUAAGUUUAGAAGUUGUUUCUGGAUUUUAAGUUACCACAGCUCCUUUCCUGCAAUAACUCUCUAAACCACUUUGAAGCAGAUAUGCAGAAACUGGCUCACUUCCCUCUUACAGUCCCUGCUCUCCUCUUCAGCCAGUUGUAAAAACCUUGCUGUAAUCGGUGUCUCCUCACCUGAGUACAUAAAUAAACAGCCCUAGCUGUGCCUCUGACACUCACCAGCUUCCUGUGACUUCAGCGUUGUAACGUCUGGUAUUGUAUCAGGGUCAGGGCCCAUUUUGUGUUGUAUUUGCAUGGCACAUAGUUCAAACGUGGGUCAGGAAUGAAGUACUUCCACCCACAUCCUAAAGUGAUGUUGACAAGUCCGUUUUGUAUGUAUUCUUGUGCUUCUCAGACAUGGUAUCUGUGCACGUGCCCUGCAUGUUAUGUUCCUGCCAGACCCACAUCAGUAUAUCUUUGUGCCAUGACCUGUUUCAUCACUUCCUGUCUGUAGUGUUACCAGCUGCCUUAUUGCCGUUUACUGUUUACAGAACCUCACUUACUGUAACUGCUGCUAGUAGCACAACAAAUUGAACUUUGCUGAUCGCUCCUUUCCUAUUGCCAAUACCUCCUUUUCUUCACUCCAGCUGUGUGCCCUUAAACUAUGAUCUCUAGCUCCUAACAAUAGUAAUAAUACUCUCCUCACUCCAUCAAACACACUCCUAAAAGAGGCUGACAGGGUUAAGAGAAAAGUCCAUAUGCAAUUAUUUCUAACCUUGUCAGCCUGCUAAAUCCUGAAUAUGCAUAAGUGUGGAAGUGGAACAUAAUUGUAGUGACAUUGGUUAAUGCAGGCCUGUCCUGUGACCCAGCUGUUAACUGUACAUCCCUGUUGAAGUGCUAAUAAAGAACUGGUGAGGGGGAAAAAAAUCACCACUUAUC